AUGUUACCUCGAACAGUAUUAAAAGUUAUAACUCAUCUUAAUCAACAAUCUACAUUUUACAAUGUGUACGGUCCAACUGAAUGCACAAUCAUUUCAACACACCAUAUCGUCAGGGUUUCCGAAGAUCUCACUCUGCAGUGCAUUGGUCGUCCAGCACCUAAUUACAGCUGCUUUCUGUUCGAUGAAUACCUACAACCGGUUCUGCCUUCAGCAACUGCUGAAUUAUAUGUCGGUGGUCCAGGUGUCUUUUCCGGCUAUUUAAACAGAGAUGAUUUAACUAAACAAGUUUUAAUUGAUAUUCCUGGUGUGGUAGAUGGAAAAUGUUACAAGACAGGCGAUCUUGUUAAAUUAGACUCGAAUGGGGAAUUAUACUUCGUAGGACGUGUUGAUUUUCAAAUCAAAUUGAGAGGUCAACGUAUUGAAACGGGAGAAAUAGAGAAAACCAUUCUUAGCUCUAGCCAUAAUAUCAAUAAUUGCAUCGUUAUAAAAACGCCUGUGAAUGAAAUGAACCAACAAGAAUAUUUAGCUGCAUAUAUAAGCACGUUAGAUAGCGAUAGUGAAACAUUACGAUCGAAAAUCAAAGACUACUGUCAACUACACUUACCAUCCUAUAUGGUCCCAUCUCUGUUUAUUAUAUUAGAUGAAUUUCCAUUAAAUUCAAAUGGGAAAAUAGAUCGUAAACAAUUACCACCUGUUGACUUUACACAACUGAAUAAUGAACAUGAAUAUGUUGAACCGAAAACAGAAUUCGACAAAGAGAUACAUGAUCUUUGGUGUAAAGUAUUAAAUUUGGAUAAAAUUUCGAUGAAUGCCAAUUUCUUUUCAUUAGGUGGUAAUUCUCUCUUGUUAAUAAAAUUGUUUAAUUAUUAUCAAGCAAUGUAUUCAAAUCAUAUAAAUAUUUCAACUUUAUUUAAACAAUCAACGAUAUUUGAGCAUGCUGAACUGUUAACAGAAUCUAUUCGGACAAAAGAAGAUUCAAUAACAGAAGAACAAGCACAUUGGGAAACAUUCAAUAUAAAUGAUGGUAAGCAUUUUUCUUUACUGCUAGUUUCCGUGAUAGGUAUGGUUUCCGAGCGGAGAAAGACUGAUUGUUGGUCCUCCACAUAGAAUGGUGGAUAUGGAUAGAGAAAAUUACAAACAAUAAGGGGUAAUUUCAUAACUAUCAGAUGAUAGACGCAUGGGUGGAACUUGCAUAGAUCUAUGGAAAGAUGUUUUGUAGUAUCGGAAUGAAAGAUAGCCGACAUCUUUGAUUUGUUUGCGCUAGGGCAGUUUGGAAUCAGAAAAUCUUUCCACAAGGAGUUUAUUAAAAACAAGUUUUUUAUGGCUUUUUUUUGUCGAAACUAAUUCUUGUGGACUUUGAUAAUGGUAGUGAUGUGGUUGAGUGGGAAAAGCGCCAAAGUGCUUCGGAUUUGGAUUUCGUCAACAUGAACGAUGCGAACGUCGCAGAAAAGGCUGAAUUCCCAUCUAUGUUUGGAUUAUUGCGUUUAGAUGUAGAAACUACUGCGACUGCUCUGUAGUCCAUCAAAUGCGGCGCAGAAAGACGAUUCUAAUCCAUUGUUUCGCUUUGAUUUUGGUUGUUGGCUAGGGUCCUUGGAGAAGACUGAAAGGCAGUUUUCUGGAGUCUCUCCAGUGUACACGAAGGGAUUCGGAGUUUUUCCAGGCAUGUAAAAGUAAGGCCUGUCUUUUUCUCAUAUAAUCCUUGAAAACUGAAGCCUCAAUUUUCCUGUUUCACGAGAAAACUUUCGAAUUCUGUUCUCGCUAAACUCAAACGAUCUCGAUACUGCCGAAUAUGUUUUCCCCGAUAGUUCUUGAUGCUAUGCAUGGAUCAUUGACUUGAAUAGGCGCUAAAAGCCCAUGUAAAUGUGGGAGUCAGUCUAUCGAAUUACUGUGAACGGUUUAAUACGAGCACGGAGAAUUUCGCAUGAUGGCACACUUAAUCUAUUUUUGAGCUUCUAACUAAAUAGCCAACAUCGCGCUUACCCUCUAUGCUAUGCCGACGCGAGAAAACAAAUGAAUGUAAUGAGCAACUACCAGUGACGACUGUCGAAAUGUUUGAGCCUUGUGUGGAGGGAUUUUAGGUGCCAGUCACACGUCCAAAUCUCACGAUUAUCAAAAGCUAAACCGGUUCCAGAUCAAGGGACUUCUU